AUGUCCGUGGUUUCUAGGUCCACUGCGUCUCUGCGAGCCGCAAGAGCUCCACUCUCUCUCUCGACGAGUCGAAGGAGUUUCACCACCGCAAACGCCGACGGUAUACGCGUUGCCGCUGCCGUAAGUGACUGGUAGUCGGGGCACACCAAAUGCUUUGCUCGCGCAGGACGUCGGGAGAGGCGUCUCCUCAACUUGAUGCACAUGAAGGUCAAAAUCGUGCCCAGAGGCUCACGCUUUCCCUCCCCACAGGACGAUGGAGCGCAAACUGCUGCGAUCACGGUGGCACUGAACGCUGGACCUCGAUUCGAGAGCUCUCCCGGUGCUGCUCGUGAGUGGCCUCACGCUAUGGUUGUGCCGGCGCUUGCGCGCUGCUGACCCGAACCGCACCCGCUUCGUGCCCUACCUGUCCCAUUAGACGCUCUCAAGACGUGAGUCUCCUCCCUUGGAGGCAUCGCCGUGUUCUCAAGAGGUGCGCGGUACUAACACAACCUGCUACGCGGAUCUGUUGCCCGCUCCAGCUUCGCCUUCAAAUCGACUGAGAAGCGAUCUGCACUCGCUCUGAUCCGCGAGACGGAGCUCUACGGCGGUGCCCUCUCUGCAACGCUGUCCAAGGAACAUCUUUUUCUGACUGCGGAAUUCUUGCGUGGAGAUGAGUGAGUGUGCACGACUGCAGGAAAAGCAUUGCAAUGGCGAGGGACCAAAUGUGUGGCUCAUAUAGGCGCGGAGAGUGCAGAAUGGCAUACCGGUCCACAGCGAGGAGGGCUAUGCCGAUUAGGAGCUGAAGGUAGAAUUCGAGUUUCUUGCCCCAUUUCACAAGGUAUCGCAAGCUGAUGAACGUGUCAUGCACCACAGGGAGUUCUUUGUGGAGAUUCUCGGCGAAGUGCUCGGCAAAAGCGCCUUCUUGCGUCACGAAUACGACGAGGUAGUUGUGCCCUCUCUCAGCGACGAGUACCAGAUCAACCAAUCUACUCCAGCCGCUCUAGCCCUCGAGGACUUCACGCAGACCGCCUACCGUCAACGUGGGCUCGGUGCCAGCUUGUACGCGACUCCCGUCUCCCCCCUGAGCUACGACACGGUGACCUCUUACGCGAAAGCGGCUUUCGCCAAGUCCAACCUUGCUGUCCUUGGCACCGGCAUUGAUGCCUCCAAGCUGUCAUCAUUGGUUGGCAAGCACUUCAAGUCCAUCUCCGCCGGCAGUGCUUUGAGUCCUGCACCAUCGAAGUACUUUGGCGGCGAGAACCGCAUCGCGUACCUGCCUCCUCACGGCUCCGACUUUCCCCGCGCACACGAUGCGCACCUUGUGCUCGGCUUUGAGGGUGCACCACUAGGAUCUCCUGAGCUUGCCGUUCUGCGUGCACACCUUGGAGGCCAAGCGUCAGUGAAGUGGAAUGAUGGCUUGUCAGCGCUUUCCAAAAUCACCGCCUCCAACUCCACCAUCUCUGCGAACGCUUUCACUUUGGGUUACUCUGACGCAGGCUUGUUUGGCGUUCAGCUUUCUGCUCCUCACGCCAAAAUUGCAGAAGUUGCAAAGGCGGCGGCUCAAGCAAUCAAAGCAAGCGCUGACAGCCUCUCCUCUGAGGAGCUUGCUCGUGCUGUUGCAAAGGCUAAAUUCGAGACUGCUUCCGCAUUGGAAAACCGCGCUGGUGUUCACACUCUUGCUGGCAGCCACGUAAGUCCCGCCAAAGACGCUCGAGAGUUGAACAAUUUUGACGCCUCGACACUGUGCUCUCUCCAUGCGCGUAGCUGUUGUCGGGCAGUCCCAUCACAACGCUUGAAGAAGUUUUCUCCAAGCUCGAGGGCGUCAACGCCUCUGCUGUUUCAUCGGUGCGUGACCCCGCAAGCUUGCUCAAAUCAUCGCUGUGGAAUGCGGCACUGACUACGCUUGCUCAUUCUUCGGACCCACAGGCCUCCGGAAAACUCCUCAAGAGCAAGCCAACAGUUGUGGCAGUCGGCGACGUGCACAAGUUGCCUUACGCAGACGAGCUUCUGUGA